GAAAACACUGACACCUCUCUCAAAUUUCCCACUAGAUAGGGCGUUCUCUCUUUCUCUCUAAUGGAAUAACAUUCACUUGAGUUCUGCACGGAGCAAGCAAGCAAGCAUGGCAAUGGCGGUUUCGUUUUCACCUCUGCAUUUCAAGCCCUCGUUCUGCUCUUCUCUUCAUUCCCAGAUUUCCUGCUCCCUCCGCCCUGCCGUCAUCCUUCCUGGUUUGGGGAACAACUCCGGGGACUAUGAUAAAUUGAGGCUGCUUUUGAAAGAGCGCUACGGUGUUCCCGCUGUGGUUGUUAAGGUGUCGAGAAUUGACUGGCUGAGGAAUGCUGCUGGAUUGCUUGAUCCUAAUUACUGGCGCGGCACUCUUCGUCCUCGCCCUGUCCUCGAUUGGUAUCUGAAGAAAACAGAUGAGGCAAUCCAAGAAGCCAAGGAGUUCGCUCAAGGUGGGACUUUGUCCUUGAUCGGGCACUCAGCGGGCGGAUGGCUUGCACGAGUCUACAUGGAAGAAUUUGGUAUAUCUCAUAUUUCCAUGUUGCUGACUCUUGGAACCCCUCACCUGCCGCCUCCAAAAGGUGUGCCAGGAGUGAUUGAUCAGACGAGGGGGCUUCUGAAUUAUGUGGACAAAAAUUGCUCAAAAGCUGGUUACAAUCCCGAAUUGAAAUAUGUAUGUAUAGCAGGAAGGUACAUUCAAGGGGCUCGCUUGUUUGGUAACUCAGAUGCAAACACCAUUCUUGCAGCCGCUUCCAUCUCCAACAACCAACCAUCUCCUGAGUUAGCCAUCACAAACGACACAAGUAGCUCAACAGACACAACCAUGAUGACAUUGCGUGCUCGCUUUGUCGGGCAAGGAUACAAGCAGGUGUGUGGAGAGAGUGAGGUAUGGGGAGAUGGGGUGGUUCCAGAAGUGUCAGCUCAUUUGGAAGGAGCUAUCAACAUUAGCUUUGAUGGAGUCUAUCACUCCCCUGUUGGAUCUGAUGAUGAAUUGAGACCUUGGUAUGGUUCCCCUGCUAUUCUUGAUCAAUGGGUUCAUCAUCUUCUCCAUUAAUAAUGUUGUUUCUCUUACUCACUUUCAAAUUAAUAAUAUUCAAUUUUUUCUUUCUAUUCA